AUGGGGUCCAAUAUGAUGAAGACUUUUUUUAAGCAAUCGAUGCAAAGGUUGUGUUUCCCAACGACGAUCAUUACUACAUCCUCUUACGCAGAUACGAUACCCAAAGACUUUCAUGGUCUAACAGUUUCUUCGAUGACCUCAUUAUCAGUAAGCCCGGCGCCUUUAUUACAGUUUAACGUUCAAACACCGUCAUUAUCCUCUAAGAAUUUGCACUCACAUGAUAUAUUUGCAGUACACCAACUUAAACCUGAAUUGGCAUCUAUUGAACUUGUAAGACGAUUUAGCAGAGGUAUUAAACACGGAGGUACUAAACCUUUUGUAGAAUUAGAUGAAAACAAGGAUUUUUCAAUUUAUAGAAAUGCAAUUUAUGAUUCAGAUAAAAGUGUACUUCCGAUUUUAAAAAAUGUUGAACGUGUGCUAAUAUGCAAGAAAAUAGAGAGUUUCCAUAUAGCAGACCAUGAAGUCUGGGUCGGGGAAGUUAUAGAUUGUAUUAUCGAAGAUGAUAAAAUAACUGGGGGUUUAUUACACUCUAAUGGCGAAUUUUAUAAGAUGGGUGAAAAACUUUAG